AUGGCGUACUGCCGCUCAGAUGUGAAAUUGUUAAAAGCCGGGUGCCUAAAAUUUAUAGAAGAGUUUCAUUCCAUCGCCAAAUUCGAUCCCAUGGAAAAAUGCGUCACCAUCGCACAAGCCUGUAACCGAUAUUGGCGAAAAUGCGUCAUGACCCCAGAUUCCAUUGCCAUAGAACCCGUUGGCGGCUGGGAAGGUGCCACGCCCAAUCAUUCGCACGUGGCCUUAGAAUGGUUACUCUGGACCGAGCGAAGCCUGGGGACGAGAAUUCAGCAUGCGAGAAACGGUGGCGAGUAUAGCAUUCCUCAUGGGCCUACCGUGUAUCGCGUAGACGGUUACCAUGCCUCUUCGCUCACCGUCUACGAAUUCCAUGGGUGUCUCUUUCACGGAUGCCGUGAGUGUUACCCGCAAAGAAGCCAGAUUCCCUUCUGUAGCUCCGUACUUACAGUAGAAGCCUGCCGACGUCAGACAACCCAGAAAACCGCCAAAUUGCGUCAAUUGGGGUACACUAUCAUAGAAAUGUGGCAGUGUCAAUGGGAAAAUCUCAAGAAGUCUAACCCAGACCUCCGUGACUUUAUCCAGUCUCUCUCUUUGACCCCACCCAUCCAUCCUCGCGAGGCGUUUCUUGGCGGAAGGACUGGAGCGUCCACGCUUUACCACCGCAUAGAUCUCAUCCAAGGAGAACAGAUCAGAUGCGUCGACGUGACCUCAGAAUACCCGUGGGUGAAUAAAUAUGGAGAAUACCCCGUCGGGCAUCGUACCAUUUACUUAGAGCCAGAAAAUCAAGAUCCUCGAGCAUACUAUGGGCUCAUGAAAAUCGAUAUUCUACCUCCCACAGAUCUCUUCAACCCCGUGUUGCCUCAUCGCCAGAAAAUUGGGUCUGCCACUAAACUUACCUUUCCCCUCUGCCGUACGUGCGUCCAGCAAGAAUGUAUCAAACCCCUGGACGAAAGAAAUUACAUUUGUCCCCACACAGACGAGGAACGCAUGCUGCACAGGACCUGGUGUACUCCCGAAAUCCACUAA